UUGUCAUAUUGAAAAAAUUUUAUUUACGUCUAAAUUAGAUAACUAAAAUAUUCGUUUUGUAAUAUUCCAAUCGAAAUACGUUAUAAACACCAAAAUGCGUUGUAUUCAAAAACACUUUUUAACACAAAAAAAGAUUUCGGGUAAAAUUUUCAGUAGCAGGAAAUUAAAAGCGGCUAGUUUUUUCCAAGUAAAAAGGUAUGCUCACCAAUUACCGGAGAGGUUAAAAGACAUGGAUAAGAACCCAAAUCCGAAGUUUUUCGACAUGGUAGAAUAUUUUUUCCAUAAAGCUGCAAUGAUAGUUGAAGAUAAAUUAGUAGAGGAUCUCCUUAAGAAAAAAGGAAAUAAAAUGACGGAAGAACAAGGACAAAAUAGAGUGACUGGUAUAUUACAAUAUAUGCAGAAUUGUGACGGUGUUUUAGAAUUAGCAUUACCAAUUAAAAGAGAUAACGGAAAGUACGAGAUUAUUGAAGCUUAUAGAGCUCAUCACAGCGCUCAUAGAACACCAUGUAAAGGCGGUAUACGUUUCUCCACAGACGUUUGUAGAGAUGAAGUUAAAGCAUUAGCGGCUUUAAUGACGUUUAAAUGCGCGUGCGUCGAUGUACCAUUCGGUGGUAGCAAAGGAGGUGUAAAAAUAGAUCCUAAACAAUAUUCUCCUAACGAAUUAGAAAAAGUUAUGAGAAAAUUCACAUUAGAAUGCACCAAAAAGGGUUUUAUCGGUCCUUGUACGGACGUACCAGCGCCUGAUAUGGGUACAGGAGAAAGAGAAAUGUCUUGGUUAGCCGAUACUUACGCAAAAACCAUAGGAUACAUGGAUAUAAAUCAUCACGCUAUUACGACUGGAAAACCGAUCAAUCAAGGCGGUAUCCACGGUAGAAUAUCCGCUACAGGUCGCGGUAUUUAUCACGGUAUUCACGAAUUUAUAAACGACGAAAGUCUCAUGAAAACAAUCGGUUUAGAACCAGGCAUAAAAGAUAAAAGGAUAAUAAUACAAGGUUUAGGAAAUGUAGGAUUACAUAGUAUGAGAUACGUAGUUAGGGCCGGUGGUAAGGUGAUUGGGAUACAAGAAAUCGACGGAUCGAUUUAUAACGAACAAGGUAUAGAUCCCAAACAACUCGAAGAUCACAAAAUAGCUAACGGUACGAUAAACGGGUUCCCUGGGGCGGAAAAAUUCGACGGGGAUCUGUUAAGUCAUGAAUGCGAUAUUUUAAUACCAGCCGCAAUGGAAAAAGUGAUCACAGCUGAAAACGCCGGUAAUAUAAAAGCGAAACUUAUAGCCGAAGGCGCCAACGGUCCUAUCACUCCAGCCGCCGAUGAAAUAUUACUAAAAAACAAUAUUCUAGUAAUACCUGAUCUGUAUUGUAACGCUGGAGGUGUUACAGUCUCGUACUUCGAAUGGUUGAAAAAUAUCAAUCACGUCUCUUACGGCCGGUUGACCUUCAAAUAUGAAAGAGACUCCAACUAUCAUCUACUCCAAUCCGUUCAAGAAUCUUUACAGAGAAAAUUCUGCGAUGCUGGAGACAUUCCCAUCGUACCGUCGAAGGCUUUCCAAGAACGCAUAGCGGGCGCUUCGGAAAAAGAUAUUGUACAUUCCGGAUUGUCGUUUACAAUGGAACGAUCAGCUAAAGCUAUAAAGGAGAGCGCUCAGAAACAUAACUUGGGGAUAAAUAUAAGAGCGGCUGCUUAUGUUAGUUCUGUCGAGAAAAUUUUUCUUUCCAUUAACGAUGCAGGUUUUGUCUAACUUACUUUAUGUUUAAUGAAAUCUUAAUAGAAUAAAGUGAGAGUUUGAGCGCCUUUUUGGAAGAAACAUUAACAUAUCCACAAAUGAUUUCUUAAUGUAAUUCCUUCCUUCCAUUAUACGUUUUUCCCAAUA